AUGACCAGCAUCCUGGAGCCGAUGUUGAACUACAUCGCCCGCGGCCCCAUCGAGGUAAUCUUUUCUGGCACCUGGGCCGAGGGCAGCAUGACCUAUGCCGACAUGGUCUUCAACAUGGUCAAGAAGGUCUUGCACUUGCCAGGCGUCGGCUCGGAGAAGGACGCCGCAGCCGCCGCCGAACUGGCUACAGCACUCUUCGCCCACGCGACACCUCCAGUUGCUGAUGCUUGGCUCCCUGCUUAUUUCGCAGAAUUCUGGACGCGGGUGGCCGAAGUUGAGACCAGCGACCUCCGGCAAGCUUUGCUUGUGGCCUUUGCCACGCAGAUGUGGUACAACCCGGAGCUUUUCCUUCGAUGCACUGAGCAGCGGGGAGUCACCAUCCAGCUUUUUGAGGUGUGGAUGCAGAAGCUCUCUUCGCUCCGGCGCUUGAAGCAUCGGAAGGUGGCGCUGCUGGGCUUGGUCCAACUUUUGCGUAUGGCCUUUGCGCAGGCACUCCCGGCCAACCUUGCGCAAGGACUGCCCCACCUCGUCACCACCUUGGCCGUCCAAAGCAAAGAGACGCUCCGACUCAGGGAGAAGGCAGCGAGCCGGCGGCAGGAUGAGGAUACAGAAAGCGAGGACGGGACUGCUGAGCCAGGGCAGAUGGACCAGGUUCUGCGCAAGUUGCAGAUGGCAUCCGACAAUGACGACAACGAAGAUAAUGACUCCGAGGCCCUCAGCGACGAGGGUUUCGAUGGCAUGGUGCACGCAGCGGGUGGCAAGCUCCUGGAUUUGAAU